UUGGAGGGUUUUGUUUGAAGCAGAGGUUAAAGAAGAGAUUGAACAGCCGUUAAUGGCGAAACCUGAUCAGCUUACUCGCUUCCUUGAUUCAGGUAUCUACGAAUCCGACGAUUCUAAAUGGUUAUUCUUAGACCCAGUUCGUAUAAUCAACCGUUCGCACACUCGAUUUAGGGUUUCACCUUGUGCUUACUACUCUCGUUGCUUCAACUCAAAGCAUCUCAAUCCACAAAACGAACUUCCUAAUCCGAGAAAGCGUAAACGGAAUAAGCAGAAAAACCCUAGCUUUCACCUUCCUAGUGCAGCAGAGCAAGCUUCUAAUCUUCGUCAUCAGGAGGCGAGGCUGUUUUUAUCUGAAGCGUAUGAAUCGCUUUUAGAGGAAACCGAGUUGUUAAGUUUAGUAAAGGGUCUAAGUAGUGACGAUGAUGAUGGUUUGUUGAGGACCAAGUGUUGUGAAGACGAUGAAGUCUCUUUUGUUGAGCUUGGAGGAGUGUGGCAAGCUCCUCUGUACGAGAUAACACUGAGUUUGAAUCUACAUUGUGAUGAUAACAAAGAGAAGUGCAGUGAAGAGAGAGUGUUCAAGGUGUUCAAUAACCUAGUAGCGAACGAGACAGAAGAAGAAGUUGAUGCUGAGUUUUCCAACCGGAGAUAUAUAGUGCCUAGAAAGAGCUGCUUCUACAUGUCUGAUUUACUGCACCUCCGAAACCUUGUUCCUGCUAAACAUGAAGAAGGCUUCAAUCUUAUAGUUAUUGAUCCGCCCUGGGAAAAUGCAAGCGCUCAUCAGAAGUCAAAGUAUCCGACUUUACCAAACAGAUACUUCUUAUCCCUCCCAAUCAAACAGCUUACUCAUGCUGAAGGAGCUCUCGUGGCUUUGUGGGUGACCAAUAGAGAGAAAUUACUUAACUUUGUUGAGAAAGAGCUAUUCCCUGCGUGGGGAGUUAAGUACGUUGCUACAAUGUAUUGGUUAAAGGUGAAACCAGACGGUACAAUGAUUUGCGAUCUGGACCUUGUCCAUCAUAAACCUUAUGAAUAUCUAAUACUAGGCUACCGCUUUACCGAGCUUGCAGAAUCAAAACACAGGUCAGAUUUUGAACUCUUGGAUAAGAACAAAAUAAUCAUAAGCAUCCCUGGAGAUUUUUCGAGGAAACCCCCAAUUGGAGAGAUACUAAAGAAACAUGUUCCCGGGUCUCAACCAGCUCGGUGCCUUGAGCUAUUUGCUAGAGAAAUGGCAGCUGGAUGGACCUCUUGGGGAAACGAACCGCUUCGCUUCCAGGACUCGAGAUACUUCUUGAAAGAUUAAUGGGAUGCAUUAACAAGCAGGUUUUAGCCAGAAGAAUACUGUGGCUUGGGCCUAUUUUCAUUGUGGGGACAUAGUGAGGAGUCCUUUGGGCAGGACUAUAAUCCUGUGAAACGACACCGUUGAAGGAGCAGACGGUUUUAAAAAGUCGAGAAGCCUGAAAGAGCUACAGUUAGAUUAUUGUCUGAGAGAGUCAGAACUGUACCAUCAUUUUUCUUUUGACAUCAUUGUACCAUCAAUUUAGUAAGCUUAUUUUUUCUCCUGUCA